UUUACCACACCGGGUGAAAAUGGCGGAGGUUUCGACAAGAAAACGACUUGUGAAAUCUCACACUACGAAGAAACGAGUCGUUGAAGUAGAGGAUGAUGAUGACAUUGUCCCAGUGAAGGAGCCUAAAAUUGACAAAAGUAGAUCUUGUCCCUAUUUGGAUACUAUUAACAGAUCACUGUUGGACUUUGACUUUGAGAAGUUAUGCUCUGUUUCCUUGUCCCACAUCAACGUCUAUGCCUGCCUGGUCUGCGGCAAGUACUUCCAAGGUCGUGGACCCAACACUCAUGCCUACAUCCACAGUGUCUUCGAGGGCCACCAUGUUUUCCUCAACCUACAGACACAGAAGUUCUACUGUCUGCCUGACAACUAUGAAAUUAUCGACUCAUCACUUGAAGAUAUUAUUUAUGUCCUCAACCCAACGUUCACGGACCUCGCUAUCAAGAGACUUGACAGAAAUCCCAAGAUGUCCAGGGCAUACGAUGGCACUACAUACCUACCAGGUAUUGUUGGUCUGAACAACAUCAAGGCCAAUGAUUACUGCAAUGUGGUGCUGCAGGCCUUGUCUCAUGUGGUUCCACUGAGAAACUAUUUUCUCCAGGAGUCUAGCUACAAGAAAAUCAAGCGCCCCCCUGGCGAUCAGGCAUUUCUGCUUGUUCAGAGAUUUGGGGAGUUGCUACGGAAACUAUGGAACCCCCGAAACUUCAAGGCCCAUGUCAGUCCCCACGAGAUGCUGCAGGCAGUAGUGUUGUGCAGUAAGAAGCGCUUCCAGAUCACGGAACAAGGUGACCCAGUUGACUUCCUGUCAUGGCUGCUGAAUGCUCUGCACACUGCAAUGAACGGAACUCGGAAGCUGAACAGCAGCAUCAUCAACAAGACAUUCCGGGGCAAGAUGCGAGUUUACGCCAGGAAGAUGCCACCUAUUGAUAUGAAAGAAGAAGAAAAGGAAGCACUAAUGCUGACAGAGGAUUACAUGGAGACAAUGGAAGAGAUGCCGUGGUUGUACCUGACCUGUGACCUGCCGUCACCGCCGCUGUACCCAGAUGAGUUGAAGGAGAACAUCAUCCCUCAAGUGCCCUUUGCAACCAUCUUGUCCAAGUUCAAUGGUGUAUCGGAGAAAGAGUACAAGACCCACAAGGACAGCACCAUGAAGAGAUUUGAGCUGACUCGACUGCCGCCAUAUAUCAUCAUAUACAUCAAGAGAUUUACAAAGAACUAUUUUGUAAGAGAAAAGAAUCCCACUAUUGUGAAUUUUCCUAUCAAGAACAUCGACUUUGGAGACAUGCUGUCUACUGAGGUGCGAGCCCAGCACAGGCACACAUCGUAUGAUCUGGUAGCCAACGUAGUCCACGACGGGGAGCCUGGAGCAGGCAAGGGCACAUACAGGGGGCACAUCCUCCACAAGGGCUCUGGGAAGUGGUAUGAGCUCCAGGAUCUCCAUGUGGCUGACAUCCUCCCCCAGAUGAUCACGCUGUCUGAGAGUUACAUCCAGAUUUUUGAGGUUCGUCGAGACAUCGUGAAUCCCUUCUACAGCAGUGAUGGAACUAAACAGGAGAAUAUGGACACAGAGGUGCCGGAUGCUACCAAGGACAAACCUAAUGAAUCAUGAUGACUGCUGGAUGCUUUGAGGAAUGGAAGUGUUUUUGCCAGUGUGUAGGGACAGGACAGUGCUUGCACUGGUGUAAAAAAAAAUCUUGACCUGAGAAACAAGGAGAGGUUGCAGCUAUAAGAUUGAUAAGAUUGUUGACAAUAGUGAUCAGAUUGUAGACAAUUUUGGAAAUGUUGUCAGACACAUAAAAAAAGGGAUGGCUUGCUGUCUGUCGCAUAACAAAGGAUACUGGUAGGUAGCUUCAUAUCCAAUGAAUCAAUUAUCAUGACAUUGUCCUGUGAGGAAUCUGAGAUAGAGUCCAUUACCUAAAGCUUCUCACCUCAAGGAACCAACAUGACUUUCCUGUUAUUAACGUCUAUGGCCUGAUCCAGUUCGGGAUUUCCUCCCAUGCAGAAUGAAAUACUUCAUCAUAGAGAUGUUUAGAUCCAACCCUCUCUUUCAUUCACUGUGUUUAGCUGAAAGUGUCUAUUCACAAUAAUGUAAAUUGGAUUUCAUUGUAGCAGACUGCCAUAUUGUACCUUGUUAUAGUUGCAGAUAUGUUGUUGAAUGUAAAAUAAGGCAUGGUAAGAUAAUCUAUAAAUUAACAUUUAUGUAACUUUCCUUGUAGUCACUUUCGAUGGUCUGUAUUGGGUGUGUCAUCGUGUUUCAUGUGUUUUUUCACGUGUGGAUUCACGUGUGGAUUCAGGGUUAGAAUGAGACCCCACACCCCUAUAAUUGUCAUGUGAAGCAACUACUUGGAUCGGGUUGUCAGAAUCACUGUCUUGUUUGAUUGCAUGUCAUUGCGCCCUGAUGACGUGGAUUUAUCACUGGAAUAUUCCUGAGGUUGGCUUUAUGCAAUGAACGAACAAACAUCAUGCAUGUUUAUCAUCUUGUUUAUUCUUUUGUCCAAAUGACAAAACUGUUUACCUGAAAUGAGCUACCAUACUUGCGAUGUUGAUGAAUUGCCUUGGUAGAUUUGUUGACCUUGGGCCUUGCUGGGACCUGCUAGUACCAUCAUCAUGGCUGAAUGUGCCCCAGGGUCUGUGUACCAUGUCAUGGCUGUAUGUGCUCCAGGUUCUGCUUGUAUCAUCAUGGUUGUAUGUGCCCAAGGGUCUGUGUAUCAUCAUCAUGGUUGUAUGUGCCCCAGGGUCUGCUUGAAUCAUCACCAUGGCUGUAUGUGCCCCAGGGUCUGUGUACCAUGUCAUGGCUGUAUGUGCUCCAGGUUCUGCUUGUAUCAUCAUGGUUGUAUGUGCCCAAGGAUCUGUGUAUCAUCAUCAUGGCUGUAUGUGCCCCAGGGUCUGCUUGAAUCAUCACCAUGGCUGUAUGUGCCCCAGGGUCUGUGUACCAUCAUGGCUGUAUGUGCCCCAGGGUCUGUGUAUCAUCAUGGUUGUAUGUGCCCAAGGAUCUGUGUACCACAUAGCUGUGUGUGCCCCAGGGUCUGCAUGUACCAUCGUCUGGCUGUAUGUGCCCCAGGGUCUGCUUGUAUCGUCACCAUGGCUGUAUGUGCCCCAGGGUCUGUGUACCACAUGGCUGUAUGUUCCCCAGGGUCUGUGUACCACAUGGCUGUAUGUGCCCCAGGGUCUGUGUACCACAUGGCUGUAUGUUCCCCAGGGUCUGUGUACCACAUGGCUGUAUGUGCCCCAGGGUCUGUGUACAAUCAUGGCUGUAUGUGCCCCAGGAUCUGUGUACCACAUGGCUGUAUGUGCCCCAGGAUCUGUGUACCACAUGGCUGUAUGUGCCCCAGGGUCUGUGUACCACAUAGCUGUGUGUGCCCCAGGGUCUGCAUGUACCAUCAUCAUGGCUGUAUGUGCCCCAGGGUCUGCAUGUUUCAUCAUCAUGGCUGUAUGUGUCCCAGGGUCUGUGUACCAUCAUGGCUGUAUGUACCCCAGGGUCUGUGUACCAUCGUCAUGGCAGACGGAUGUAUGCCUGACCCCAUAUGGGUUAUCUCUACUACAUUUGUGCAAUGACUACUGUUGUGAAUGUAAGUGAAAUCAAAUAAACAUCUCAUCAACUUACA